CUCCUUCGCAAGCUUUCAGGCGCUUCGCCAUGGCCGCCAUCAUCCCUCCGUUUCGUUUCACGACAGUCGAGAAUCGCUUGUACCGAGGGGCGUACCCCACGCUCCCCAACUUCCGCUUCCUCCGCAGAUUGAAGCUGAAGACUUUGAUUAGCGUAAUCCCUGAGAAGCCUACGAAGGACUUGGUGGACUUUUGCAUGCAUGAAGGUAUUGCGCACCACACAUUUCAAGCAGAAAAGUACUCGAGCGACUCGGUGACAGUUCCGCCCGCGACCGUGGCUGCCAUAUUGCAUGUGCUCUUGAACAACGACAAUUUACCGAUCUACAUCCACUGUCUCGACGGUGCCAAUGUUAUUGGGAUUGUCGUCAUGGCUCUAAGGAAGCUUCAAAACUGGACAAAGCUGGCCACACUGCAAGAGUUCUGCCGCUUUACACGGGAUCAUUCUGUUGAAAAGGAUGAAAGCGAAUACUUGUCGACGUUCUCGGCCGAAAUCACGCUGCCUCAUCAUGUUCCCCGAUGGCUGUGGAAUGGAGUACGCAUCCAGAAACACCCGACAAUGCUUGUGAACAAUCCGACUUCAAGCCAAGCCAGUCAAGUGCCACCUGUCGAAGGGGAUGUUGGUGCCCAAGUUGUGCCAAGCCUCACGACGCCCAUGGGAGCGCAGGACAGGAACUUUGAAGGGCCCACGUCCAUGACCUACGCCCCUGAUGCCGACAAGACAGACCCUGUGCGGCCAUUCGACGAUCGCCGAGAAGACCGCGGAGAACCUGUCAUUUUCCAGGAGGAUUUGGAUUUCUUGUAUCACAACGACGAAGGGUCGGACGUGUCCAUCCCUCGGCACUUGUCCGCCCUCGAUUUGGCAGGAGUGUAAAUUUCCAAUUUUUAGUAGUACCUUUGUGAUCAUCAGUAGUAAUACUAACUACACAGUGUAUCCGGA